AUGCAGGUGACGAGGGACUGCUCUGAUGGGGAUGUUGUCAGCUGCAGCGAGACCAGCUCCGACCUGGUGCCCAAGGACCUGCUGGUUCAGCUCGUCUCAUUCAUGGGCUGUGUGGACCCCGAUGAUGUUCUCACAAAAGAAGAGCAGAUCUAUCUGCUGGUGGAAGCUAAGGAGAGAUGUCAGAGAGACAUAAAAGCCCAACUGGAGAAGAUCAAAGACACCAGCUGCCUUCCAGAGUGGGAUGGGAUUAUCUGCUGGCCAAAGGGCUCCCCCAGCCAGGAGGUGUCAGUGCCCUGCCCCGACUACAUCUAUGACUUCAACCAUCAAGGUCGUGCCUACAGGUAUUGCAGCUCCUCUGGGACCUGGGCCGUGGCUCUCAGCAUCAACAAGACCUGGGCCAACUACACCGAGUGCGCUCUGCUCUUUUCCUCCGAGAGCCGGAGCCGCGAGAAGGAGGUGUUUGACCGCCUGCACCUGAUGUACACCAUCGGCUACUCCAUCUCCCUGGCCUCCCUCAUCGUUGCUGUCUGCAUCCUCUCGUACUUCAAGCGCCUGCACUGCACACGCAACUACAUCCACGUCCACCUCUUCACCUCCUUCAUCUGCCGGGCGGUGAGCAUCUUCGUGAAGGACAUGGUGCUCUACUCGGGCACGCUGGCCACCGAGACGGAGAAGAUGCGGGAGGAGGACUUCAGGGCAGAGAUGGGUCCUUCGCCAGGACAUCGGAGCCACUUGGUGGGCUGCAAGCUGGUGGUGACUCUCUUCCUCUAUUUUCUGGCCACCAACCACUACUGGAUCCUGGUGGAAGGGCUCUACCUGCAUAGCCUCAUCUUCAUGGCCUUCCUCUCCAACAAGAGCUACCUGUGGGUUCUCAUCAUCAUUGGCUGGGGUCUCCCUGCUGUGUUCGUGUCCAUCUGGGCCAGCGUCAGGGCCUCCCUGGCUGAUACACAGUGCUGGGAUCUCAGCGCAGGGAAUAUGAAGUGGAUUUAUCAGGUCCCCAUCUUGGCUGCCAUCGUGGUGAACUUCUUCCUCUUCCUCAACAUCGUCCGGGUUCUGGCCUCCAAGCUCUGGGAGACGCACACGGGGAAGCUGGACCCCCGGCAGCAGUACAGGAAGCUGCUGAAGUCCACGCUGGUGCUGAUGCCACUUUUCGGAGUCCAUUACGUGGUGUUCAUGGCCAUGCCCUACACCGAAGUCUCCGGGCUCCUGUGGCAGAUCCAGAUGCAUUAUGAGAUGCUCUUUAACUCCUCUCAGGGUUUCUUUGUGGCUUUUAUCUACUGCUUUUGCAAUGGGGAGGUGCAGGCAGAGAUCAAGAAAGCCCAUUUUCGGAGGAGCCUGGCACUGGACUUCAAGCAGAAGGCACGUGCCACCAGUGCAGUGGGGAGCUACUGCUAUGGGGGGCUGACCUCCCACCCCACCACCAGCUUUAGCACCAGCCUGGUGGGGCGAGGAGCAGGGAGCACCCAGCAGCGGGGGCUGCUGCUGCCGGCCCGUGCCAGCCUCCCGGGCUAUAUCCCCAGCUCCUUUGCCUCGGAUAACUUUGUGCCCUGUAUGACCCAGGAGAUGAGCCAGAAACCUUGUGGGGAAACCACGAGGGACUCAACAGACCUGGGUCGGUGUCACCCCAACCUCAACAAAGAGCUGGAGACGAUGCUGUGA